UUGAUAACUGAAGUACCGACCGUCGAGUCGUCAAGCGUCGGCCGUCGCGUACAUACAAGUUUAUUUAAUUUUACAGUUUAUAGUAUUUACUAUUUAAUAAUACUUAUACAAUUAUACGUGAUCGAUCGGGGACAAGACAGCCGCACACAUCAACAUGAUCGGCGGUCUGUUCAUGUACAACCACAAGGGUGAAGUCCUGAUAUCGCGAGUGUACCGCGAUGACAUCGGCCGCAACGCCGUAGACGCGUUCCGCGUGAACGUUAUACACGCGCGUCAACAAGUCCGCUCACCGGUUACCAACAUCGCGCGCACUUCGUUCUUUCAUAUCCGCCGAGCCAACAUUUGGCUGGCCGCCGUCACCAAGCAAAAUGUCAACGGUGCCAUGGUAUUCGAGUUCCUUAUACGGUUCACGCAGGUCAUGCAGUCGUACUUCGGUAAGAUCAACGAGGAGAACAUCAAGAACAACUUUGUGCUCAUCUACGAGUUGCUCGACGAGAUACUUGACUUUGGCUAUCCGCAGAAUUGCGACACAGGUGUACUUAAGACGUUUAUCACACAGAUGGGCGUCAAGUCGCAGAGCAAGGAGGAGCAGAUGCAGAUCACGUCGCAGGUCACUGGCCAGAUUGGCUGGCGACGUGAAGGCAUAAAGUACCGCCGUAACGAGCUGUUCCUCGAUGUGCUGGAGUAUGUUAAUUUGCUCAUGUCACCUCAGGGUCAAGUGUUGUCAGCGCAUGUUGCAGGUCGCAUACUUAUGAAGUCCUACCUAAGCGGCAUGCCUGAAUGCAAGUUUGGUAUCAAUGAUAAGAUAGUUAUGGAGUCCAAAGGCACCAAAAUCCUUGAUGACACAGGCUCGAGGACAGCUUCUGGUAAACCAGUUGUUGUCAUUGACGAUUGCCAAUUUCAUCAAUGUGUGAAACUUUCAAAAUUUGAAACUGAACAUUCCAUAAGCUUCAUUCCACCUGACGGUGAAUUUGAGUUGAUGCGUUACCGUACCACCAAAGAUAUAUCAUUGCCGUUUAGAGUUAUACCAUUGGUAAGAGAAGUAGGUCGUACUCGCAUGGAAGUUAAAGCCGUAUUGAAGUCUAAUUUCAAACCCUCCUUGCUAGGGCAAAAAAUCGAAGUAAAGAUCCCUACUCCCUUGAACACAGCCGGUGUUCAAUUGUUAUGUCUAAAAGGAAAAGCCAAGUACAAGGCUUCAGAUAAUGCAAUUGUGUGGAAAAUUAAAAGGAUGGCAGGUAUGAAGGAAACACAGUUAUCGGCUGAAAUCGAUCUUUUAGAAACUGAUACUAAGAAAAAAUGGACAAGACCACCAAUUUCAAUGAAUUUUGAGGUACCAUUUGCUCCUUCUGGGUUCAAAGUUAGAUAUUUAAAAGUGUUUGAACCAAAGUUGAAUUAUUCCGAUCACGAUGUUGUUAAAUGGGUUCGUUAUAUUGGGCGAAGUGGAUUGUAUGAAACUAGGUGUUAAACAAAUAAACUACUAUACUUAAUUUAAUUAUUUCCCUGUAUUCUGUUCCAGAAUUGUUUACAUAUUUAUUAAUAUAAAAUAUAAUAUUUAUUGUAUCAUAUUAUCAUAUUUUUAAAUUUAUAAUCCAUUCAGUAUAAUAUAUUGUAUGAUUAAAUACAUUUAUUGUUAUUUAGGCUAGUCAUUUAUGUAAAUGAUAAGUAAUAUUUAAAUGUAAUUCAAUUUAUAAAAAUAUUGGUCUAUAUGAUUAUUAUUAUUACUAUUAUUAUAGGUACCUAUAUAGUUGAUUUAUAAUUUUUUAUAAUUUUUUUUUUCUUCUUUAUUUGAUCUGCAUUAUGUUUUUUAGGUAUUUAUUAUUUGUAAAACUAUGGAUUAUAACCAAGUUUAAAUGUAUAGAUAUUAUAGAUGAAUAUAAAUUAAUGUAAUCAUUUAACACGUAACAGACAACUGUUGAUUCAUUACUAUAACGUAAUAAUAUUGAUCCUAUUCAGGUAAAUAUGUUUUUCGUGAUUUAUUAUAAUAUAAUAUAAUAAAAUUAAUUAUGA